GACGUGUCCUGACGUGAGAAGGGGCAGCCAGCCAGUCACUGAGUGAGUCUCGCUGUCUGUUGUGAAUGUCUCUCGGUGUCAGGCUGGUCGACCUCUUGACUUUUAACAAUGUGCGCGACUCCGUGCUUCCGCGUCUCCCUGUCGAGCGGCGAGCGCGGAGUUUCCCGGGCGUGAAGGAAGGGGAAUGGGACAAUUGAACAAAAAGCAACAGCUCACUCUUGUUUUGAUGCCAUGCUCCUGGUUUAGCACUGCGAUGGCGGAGAGAGCUGGCCAGCAGCAGCAGCAGCCCCGAGCUACAGCGGCAGGAGGUGGAUUAGGAGCCCGACCAGUUCAGCCCUCACUCUGGCUACAGAAGAGCCGUGCGGCGGGCACUUUCUGAACCCUGUCCGUCCUCCAGGAGACCGGUCGGUGGGUGGGGGACGGAAUCUGCUGGAGGUGACUCAGUCUUUCUUUGUUGGGAUCUUUCUCUCCUUCACACAACAACGUCUACUGCCCGCGGUUAUCUACUGAGAAACCUCGUCGCUACUUACUCUGCGGAGAGAGGGCUUUCCAGAACAAUUGGGAACAUUUUAUAUUAUAUAUAUAGGAGGCGAAAGGCCCCCAGACGUGGAAAGUGAAUCCGAACUUUGCAGGGGGGAGGAUCCGGGAGCCACUCGGACGGACCAGCCUUGACCGCCCGCCGCAGGUUUCACUCAUGGGAGCAAAACAGAGCAGCCCGACUGCGAACGGCCGGACCCGAGCUUACUCGGGCUCCGAUCUACCCUCCACCACGGCCAGCAGCAACGGGAGCAACCGGUCGGUGGCUGGUUCCAGCGGCUCGGGGCCGGGCUCCAGCGCCGGGGUGGCGACCGCCUUGGCCAGCGGCCGCUACCACUACGUGAGCCCACCUGCCGGUGGCCCCAGGUCGGUGGCGGCGGCCGGCAGCCGGAACCAGUCGCUCAACAUUCCCAACAGCGGCGGCACGUACAGCUCGCAGGAGGACUCGGAAGGCAGCAGUCCGGAGGAGAGCACGGGGGAGCGCUCAGCAGGUCACGGAGCACCCCGGCUACUCAUCGGAUCCCUCCCCGCUCACCUGUCGCCUCACUUGUUCGGAGGUUUCAAGUGCCCCGUGUGCUCAAAGUUUGUUUCCACAGAUGAAAUGGACUUGCACCUUGUAAUGUGCCUGACCAAACCAAGGGUGACCUAUAAUGAGGAUGUACUGAGUAAGGAUACUGGAGAAUGUGCAAUAUGCCUUGAAGAACUGCAGCAGGGAGACACCAUUGCACGCCUGCCCUGUCUGUGUAUCUACCAUAAGGGAUGUAUAGACUCAUGGUUUGAAGUCAACAGGUCAUGUCCUGAGCACCCAUCAGAUUAAUAAAUGAACUGAACCAAAUGAGCUGUUGCUAUAAGGUUUUUCUGCCACUUCUGUAAAUGGAACAAACUGUUCCAAUGAACAGAGGCUGCGACUGAAUUCCUAAAAGGUGAGGAAAUGCUUAAGAGUAUGGCGAUCAUUGCUGCUUCCUUGGAUUGCUGAAUAAGAAAACUUACCUUCUGUUCUUUAAACACGACGGCUACAGAUUCAGUGACGCCACAUCUCUCAUCUCUUUUCUGGAUUAUGUUUCAAAAUGCCUGUCGGUAGGCUCUCUUGCCAUUUGGACAUAGUGUGCCAUAAAUAUGUGAAAGACACACAACAGUUAAACAAAUUUUCUUUUUGUACAGCUGAUGUUUAAUUGUUUGGUAAUUAGUUUGUGCCUUUGAUAUUUUUAAAACACCAAUUAAUUUGUUUGUAAUUAAUUGUUUUCUGUACAUUUUUUUUGCACUAACUGUGCUGCGAUAGCAAUUUGUAAGAGAUGUGUGAAUGACUCAACAUUUGAUCUUUUCAAAACAAACUGAGUAGGAUCAUCAGUAUCGUAGGAUGCAAUUGGACCUCCCACCUAUCACACACAUACACUCAAAGGAACUUCAUUGAAGGUACAAGCAAGCAAUGGUGUUCCUGUCCAAUUUUCAGGUGGCACUUGGAAAAGCUAGAAAUAUUCAGGAUGAUUUGAACUGAAAAUGUGAACCUAAAGUUUAUUGGCACUUUGUUCACAUGUUUAUACAUAAGAAAAGAGUCAGAAUGGAUCACGUUUCCUCAUCCAGAAGUGGUGACUUACUAUAACCCAAUGAACAAGCCUACAUUUUCCUGGAAAUCUGGACCUCUUUAAUAAUGGAUGGCCUUCCAAAGACAGAGUGAUGUGAUGGGAUAAUGUACAUCCAUUGGGACUAGGUUUCUGAUACAACCUAGAAUGAACAGAUUAUAUCUUCUCUCUCUGUUGGAAUUGUAACUGCAAUGCAUUGACCAAUCAGCUUGAGGAAUCCUCAACUUGGCUCCCAGUGAAUGAGGGCUCACAACGGAACAUUGACUGCUUUAGGGCACUCUUUCUCAGAGAUGCAUUAGUAUAGCAAAUGACUGUGGUUUCAUGGCUGAAGUUAGACAGAUUGUUGGAGAAACUGUUUCCCAAAAUAUGAACACUCAAUAGAAACUGAGUGCCAAAAGUAGGAAGGUAUUCAAAUGCACUCCUACUUGUCACAAAAGAAAAAUGUAUGCUUACAUAUAUACCAGCACCUCUCCUUGGUAUCUAGCUACCACAAAGUCUUGCAGCAACAAAAAAAACUGAACUAAGUUUUAAUUGGUAGCAGCUAAUAAUGUUACAAAAACCUUGUAAACUUUGCUCCUCUGUUAGGAGUGACCAUAUCUCACCUCUGGGAGGAAUAAGAGAUGUUAUUACAAAAUUACAAACAAAUCAACGUUAAAAACAAAAUCAAUAAAUUGUCAAUAUGUAAAAACAAAAUUUAUUACUCUGUGCCUACUUUGGGGAAAAAUAUGGUUAAUACAGAACUGAAAAUGAGCUGCUGAUGCAGAAUGUUUUGAAUUUUGUGAUUUUUAAUGCUCAGUGUGUUUGUAGAAAAAAAAAACUUAAAUCUAAAAGCCAGCUGGUUAAUAAAAUGGACUUAAAUUCCAA